GGCAGCGGCGGCGGGAUGGCGGAUGCCGACAAGGCCGAGGUGGCCGGGGCGGUGGGCGACGACAGCCUGCCCCAGCAGCCCGCGGAGCCGCCGGGCGAGCCCCGGCGAGAACCGCACCCCCCGGAGCCGGAGAAGCAGCAGCCGCCGCACAGCAGCAGCUCCAAUGGCGUUAAAAUGGAGAAUGAUGACUCAGUGAAAGAAGAGAAAUCUGACUUAAAAGAAAAAUCUACAGGAAAUAAGAAGGCCAAUAGAUUUCAUCCUUAUUCAAAAGACAAGAAUUCCAGCACUGGAGAAAAGAAGGGUCCAAAUCGUAACAGAGUUUUCAUUAGUAACAUCCCGUAUGACAUGAAAUGGCAAGCUAUUAAAGAUCUAAUGAGAGAAAAAGUUGGUGAGGUUACAUACGUGGAGCUCUUUAAGGAUGCGGAAGGAAAAUCAAGGGGUUGUGGUGUUGUUGAAUUCAAAGAUGAAGAAUUUGUAAAGAAAGCACUAGAAACUAUGAAUAAAUAUGAUCUUAGUGGAAGACCUCUAAAUAUCAAAGAGGAUCCUGACGGAGAGAAUGCUCGUAGGGCAUUGCAACGAACAGGAGGAUCAUUUCCAGGAGGACAUGUCUCAGAUAUGGGAUCGGGGUUGAUGAAUUUACCACCUUCCAUUCUCAAUAAUCCAAAUAUUCCUCCUGAGGUUAUCAGUAAUUUGCAGGCUGGUAGACUUGGUUCCACAAUUUUUGUUGCUAAUCUUGACUUCAAAGUUGGUUGGAAGAAGCUAAAGGAAGUGUUCAGCAUAGCUGGAACGGUAAAGCGGGCAGAUAUUAAAGAAGACAAAGAUGGCAAGAGCAGAGGAAUGGGCACUGUCACUUUUGAGCAAGCAAUUGAAGCAGUUCAAGCAAUUUCUAUGUUCAAUGGGCAAUUUUUAUUUGAUAGACCUAUGCAUGUGAAAAUGGAUGACAAGUCUGUCCCUCAUGAAGACUACCGUUCACAUGAUAGUAAAACACCACAAUUACCACGUGGUCUUGGAGGCAUUGGAAUGGGGCUUGGUCCAGGGGGACAGCCUAUUAGUGCCAGCCAGUUGAACAUAGGUGGUGUCAUGGGAAAUUUAGGUCCCAGUGGUAUGGGAAUGGAUGGUCCAGGUUUUGGAGGCAUGAAUAGAAUUGGAGGAGGAAUUGGGUUUGGUGGUCUGGAAGCAAUGAAUAGCAUGGGAGGAUUUGGAGGAGUUGGCCGAAUGGGAGAACUGUACCGUGGUGCGAUGACUAGUAGCAUGGAGCGAGAUUUUGGACGUGGUGAUAUUGGAAUAAAUCGAGGCUUUGGAGAUUCCUUUGGUAGACUUGGUGGUGGAAUGGGUGGCAUGAACAGUGUGACUGGAGGAAUGGGGAUGGGACUGGACCGGAUGAGUUCCAGCUUUGAUAGAAUGGGACCAGGUAUAGGAGCUAUACUGGAAAGGAGCAUCGAUAUGGAUCGAGGAUUUUUAUCGGGUCCAAUGGGAAGCGGAAUGAGAGACAGAAUAGGCUCCAAAGGCAACCAGAUUUUUGUCAGAAAUCUACCUUUUGACUUGACUUGGCAGAAACUAAAAGAGAAAUUCAGUCAGUGUGGUCAUGUAAUGUUUGCAGAAAUAAAAAUGGAAAAUGGAAAGUCAAAAGGCUGUGGGACGGUCAGAUUUGACUCCCCAGAAUCGGCUGAAAAAGCCUGCAGAAUAAUGAAUGGAAUCAAAAUCAGCGGCAGAGAAAUUGAUGUUCGCUUGGAUCGUAAUGCAUAAUUUCAAACGAGGGCUGGAACAUUCCUGCAUCUGUUUUGCCGAAUCUUCUAGUAAAAGUCAUUUUUUAAGUAAUACUGUAUGCUUACAAAAGCUGUAAAAAUGAACUUUAAAUUCCCACCAGCUUUUAACAAGAUAAUGUUAAAAAAUACUGUGAUUUUUGUUAAUCUCCAGUUUGGGUUUUUAAAGGACAGCAAGUCUGGUCAUUCAGUUUAAAUGAAUGGUUACACUGUUUUUAAUGAAAUAAGUCAUCUUCUUGUUAUUGUUUCAAGUACUACAUAGUGGGAUUUAUUUGUUCUAGUUUCUCCGAAUUUUACCAACUUAUUGUAAGGUAACGUGUAGACGGUUGUUUCAAAAUUUCUGCUUUAUAAUAUGUAAUUGUCCAUGAAAUGAAAGGGCUCAGACAAAAUUAGGAUGUGAUUUUUGUUGGUUUUAAAUUGCUUUUCUUUGGUGGAAAAAGAAUUACUGUAAGUAAGGUUUAGAUUCUAAAGUUCAUGAUGCUUUUUAUUUGACUUAAAUGAAGAAAUGAAUUUUUCAUUCUCUGUUCUUUGGAACCAUUUACAUUUUCCGCAUAACACUAUUAAUAAUAUCAACCUCCACAGCCCCUUAUUUUAUUGUUUCCAAUAAUUCCAAGUUCAUGUAGAACUGACAAUAUAGCAAGCCCCAAGUAUAAUACUAGGCAGACAACUCCUAAUUUCCUAUCUAGUUUCCACCCAUUGAAGUGAAUUGCUAAAAAAAGAAAAAUAAUUGAAAUGUUGAGAGAGAUGGUUAUGUAAGUUAGUCCUCUGCUGUUCACCUCAACAGGAGUUAAUGGAUUUAUAAACACAGUUUUAAUAAACCAUGGAACACCUAGGCAUAGCAUAUCAAACACAUUGGAUCCCACGAUGUUAGACAUAGCCAUAUCUCCUUGACCUGCAAAAGAAGCAUGUUGUCAAAAUGUGCAUACCAAUGCUGUAUUUUAUUAAUAAUCUUCAUAAGAAAAGAACACUGGAUGCUCUUUGUUGUUGAUUGCUUUUGGAAAGUUGUUAUUAGAGCAAAAGUCUUAAUUUGUAAUUUAAAAUUCUUCUUGGGUUAGUAUUUAAAGUCUUAACAUUUAUUUAAUAAUUAUUUAUUAAACCAUUUUUUUUUUCAUAAGUAUGUAGCUUACUCAUUGCUUUUCAUUCUAAUUUACCAUGGUUAGUUAUUUAAUACAUGUUUCAGAUGACUUCUUGGGGGAUUAGAACGAGUGAAAUUAACCUGCUAUUAAAUAGUAUACUUCAGCUACUUUUUUUUUUUCAUUCAAAGUAUGUUACUGAGGGAGAAAUAUUUUGAAAGCUACCUUUACAUAGUGUAUUUCAGUCAGGCUUGAAGAAUGGGCUUUGCAGACUGAGGGUCCUAGAUCUUACCUUUUCUUGCAACCAACACACUUGCAACUGUGUCUGGUAUGCUUGUUCCUGCUGCUAAUAAAGUGAGGCCCAUUACUGUGUCUGGAAUUUCUAGUGUUUCUCCUGCAAUAAACAUAGAUUUUAUAAGUUAUGAACCUUAAAGAUCCAGUUAACACUCUGCAGGUAUUUUAGAUGUUUUUUUCUUGAAUAAAAAUGAAGUAAGCAGUUAGGUUUCAGGCUAAGCCAAAUAAUUUGAAUCAGGUUGGAAAUUUGGGGAACCCAGGUAGCACAGAUUUUUAAUGACAAGUAUUUAAAAGCUAAAAUUCUACCCCCGAAAAGUCCCCCUAUUUGUAUCUUUAGUGAAUUUAUACUUGCUGUUUUCAGGGCUGUUGCUUAGUAGAUGCUAAUGACAUAGGUCAUCUCCUCAUGUGAAAUUUAAGUAGAAUUAAAGGAAAUUAUUUCUAGUAUUUUUAAAGCUAUAAUUGUAUUAACAUGUACACAUUUUUUUUAAAGUCCUACCUUAGUAAUACACCUUUAUUUACUGUUUCUUUGGCAAAGUCCAUAAAUCUUUGAGGAAAACAUGACCUAUUUGUUUUCUAUUUGAGCCUUUUUAACAUAUGGUCCCAAUUUAUUAAUACUUUUGUUUAAUUUGAUGUCUGUUCAACAUUUUUCAGAAAUGUAUUCAUUAUGGGAAACAGAACCAGAGGAAGGUUAAAAAAAAAAAAAACCAUAAAAGGACAUGUAACUACUCUUUUAAUGUUGUAAUUGGUAACUUGAUUUAGAAUCCUUCCAUUUUUCUUUCCUUUAUUUUUCUUAAAAUGUCAAAAGAACUUAAUUAGAAUGUAGCUUACUUAUUGCAUGCUUCUCUGUUGAUACUGGAAUUGGUUGUUAAUUUUUGUUACUUUGCUAGAGUUCAUAUGGACAUAAAUAACACUAAUACUUAUCAUCUUGGGGGCUGUUCUGUGAUCUAUUGCUUGACUUUGCUCUCUUCAUAUUUUCCUGGUAUCAAAUGUGUUCUGACUUAAAGUUAGGAUAGAUUUAACAUGCAAACUAAUGGGAUUUCAAAAACAUCUUCCUCACCAAAAAAAUGCAAAAAGAAAAAGAUAUUGUGUUCUUUGGUAGCAAACUAUUGAAAUGCUUAUGUUUUAAUUUGGGAAAAGCUAGGGUUAGCAAAUUUCUUUUUUGUGUGUGAAGGACCAGAUAGUAAUUAUUUAGGCUUAAUAGCCUUUAUAGCCUCUUUUGCAGUUAUUCAGCUCUGCCAAUGCCGUGUGAAAGCAGUCAUAGAUAAUAUGUAAAUAAGUGGCCCUAUGUGUGCAGUAAAACUUCAAUAUUAAAAAUAGGCCAGGUGAUUUGGGCACACAAGCCAUAGUUUGUUUAUUUCAUGUAAGUCAAUGUAGCUUAAUCUUUUUGGGAGAAAUUUCUGAUUUUUUUGCCUAUAUUUGAUUUUUCAGUUGGGGAAUAGAGUGAAUAAUAGCCAGGCAGUAUAGUUAAAUUUUAGCCAUGCACAUAGUAGAAAUCUAAAGUGAAACUUUAUUUUAAACCCUUUUCACUCAUAUCAUACUAUAGAGUACAACCAGUUAAACAUGAGCACACAUUGUUUUCCCAAAACACUGAUUCCCUGUCUAUUUUUCACAAUUCAAUAUAAAGAAUCUAUUGUGGACUCCUAUGCAAUGUGAUUUAAUUAUUCAUAUUAGCAUGAAGGAAGCCAUCCUGUGAAUUUAAUUCCAUUUAUAAGGUGAUCCCUUGAAUUAUACCCUAGUCUGUAUAAUAGUGAGAAUACAGCUGAUAUAUGCAACUGAAAACUCUUGUUAUAUUAAUAUUUAAUCUUUUUGUAAGUAGUCCUAAUCUUUAGGCUUGCUGAAAAAAUUUGCUCCCUAGCUAUGUUAUUUUAAGAACACAUGCAAUUUUUUCUUAUAAAAUUGUUUUAUUUUUAAAUUAUACUAUUGUAUUUUAAAUACAUACCUGUUAUUGUGACCAUCCAAACCAGUAUAUAUGUAAAUGCAGAUAUCCAUAAUGCUGACAUGAGAAAGGUUAUCAUAAAGUAGUUUCUCCAAAAUUUUCUUCUACAAUCUGGUGUGGUUAGAAAAAGUAAUGUAAUAAUAGGAAGUGAUAAUACCCAAAAAAUUCUUUUUACGUCUGCUUCAGGCAUGCUGAAAACACUUGGUGGAUCUGUUGUGAAAAAAAUAAACAAUUUUGAGUUUUCUCAAAUGGCCGAUUAAGUUAGAACUGCCCAUUUAGAUGCUAUAUUGAAAUAAAUUAGCUGUAUAAGUUUUUAAAAGGCUAUUUAAAACAUUUGAAUACGUCAUUACUGAUAUUGCUGGCAAAAAGAAGCUAAUUGAAACUCCAGGGCAGUAAGACUUAACACUCAGCAUUUCUUGAUUUGGGGCUUUCAAUCCAUCAUACUGUCUUGGGCCACUCACUAAGUAUGUUAUUGUGUUUAUGAAGUGACAAUUUGAAAUCUCUUGGUUUUCUGCACCAUGGAUUGGUUUCAGUAACUUUGUGCUUAUGCAAUUAACCUGGUUUCUGCCCCAACUACUCCAAUUGCCUCCGCUUUCCAAUACUGAUGAUGCUUCCGGCCUGCUUUAUGUAUCUGACAAUACGUACUUAGAAAAUAUAAAAUAAUUACAGCACAAUGUUUUUAUAAAGUUGCACAUUCCUUGCAAAUUCUUAUUGUGAUUUUUUUGGCCUAUUUCUUUGAUUCUUUUUAUUUACUAAAUUCACACUUAAUGAUUUUUGAAAAAAAUCUUAAAAAAAUAGACCUAGGAUACCAUCUAUAAUCCAGUUUAUAAAACUUGGUUGUCUUAUUCAGUUUGUUUUAAGUUAGUGGAAGACCAGUAUAACAACAUAUUGGACAAAAAUGAGAGUUCACUUUAAAAUUGUUUGAAAUUUGUAUUGCAUUUACAAAUAACAUGAGUCACACUACAGCUAAUUGCAGUAAAAAUAAACUUUUUAUAAAAAAGGUUGCCAAGCCUCAACCAGUGCACCAUUAAGUAAUAUUACAUAUAUUUUUAAUGUAAUACAAGACUUAGACUGGCUCUUUUGAGUGUCUUGUUAUAAAACUUAAGAGAUGCUUGCCCCUCAAACCUGAAAAACUAGAAGCUAUAAGAUGUGUAACAAUGGAAAAAUGUCAUGAUUAAAUUGCUUUAAGUAGUGAAUUAGAAUAAUUUCUCUUCCUAAUGCACAUAACUAAAGCUAGGAUCUAUUUUAUAGGAUCAUUUAUCAAAAAGGAACAUAUAAAAUUAUAUUUCUGGCUGUAGCUGAAUUUGACUUUCUAUGGAACAUACUUAAAUAAGUAUUUUGCAAUUGCUUUAAACAUGUCUAAAUCUCACUGGUUUUCUUCUUUCCUUCAAACCAGCCCCUUUGCCUAAAUUCCCAGUUUUUCUGUUAUUUUCCCACCUUCUCAAUCAAGAUCAAAGCACUGGGGUUGUAUUUGCUCUUUUUUCUGGCUGAAUAUUGUGCCUCAGUUGCUAAGUCUUGAUUCUUUCUCUGUGUUUUCUCACAUCUGUUCUAGUUCAUUCACACUGUCUUCAUUUUGUCCAGACAUCUAGUCAGCUUGUCAGCUGUAAUAAUUUAGUGCUUCUGUGAACAUCAUUUCAAGGAAAUAUUUCUGAAGUACAAAUCUCCUAAUUUCCCUCCUCACUAAUCUUCCAAGUUUAUUACAGUAGCAUUAAAAACUCUUCCUGCUUUCCUCUGCUCCCUUACAAUAUUUAUAAUCAUACAGGUUGAGCAUCCCUAAUCCAAAAUCAGAAAUACCGCCACGUCUGAAGCUUUCUGAGUACUGGCAGGACACCGCAAGUGGAAAAUUCCAACCUGACCUCACGCGAUGGGUCAAAGUCAAAACACAGGCACAAUAAAAUUAUUAUAUAGAAUUGCCUUCUGUGCAUACGACAUAUAUGAAACAAAUGCAUUUUAUUUAGACUUCGUCCUAUCCAUAAGAUACCACAAUAGGUAUAUGCAAAUCUUUCCAAAUCCCCAAAUAUUUCUGAUCCCAAGCAUUUCGGGUAAUGGAUACUCUACUGUGCUCCAGUUAUGCUACUACAUGAACAAGUCUUUGGCUUAUGUUGUUUCCUGGGCUUCAAUUCAUAGAAUAUACUCUUAGCUCUGCAUCACUUAUAUAAUAAAGAUUUCACUAGCUGUUUAACAUCUUAUAGUUAAAGUCUUACCUGUUCUCUUUUCUGUAAAAUCAUCCUUAUCAAGUUUUUUUUUUUUUUUUUUGACAGGCAGAGUGGACAGUGUGGUUCACCCUCCAGUGGCCGCCGCGGUAGGCGCGCUGCGGCCGGCGUACCGCGCUGAUCUGAUGGCAGGAGCCAGGUGCUUCUGGUCUCCCGUGGGGUGCAGGGCCCAAGCACUUGGGCCAUCCUCCACUGCACUCCCUGGCCACAGCAGAGAGCUGGCCUGGAAGAGGGGCAACCGGGACAGGAUCGGUGCCCCGACUGGGACUAGAACCCGGUGUGCCGGCGCCGUGAGCGGAGGAUUAGCCUAUUGAGCCUCGGCGCUGGCCCCUUAUCAAGUUUUAUACCAUCUGUCCCAUUUAUGAACUAUAGAUAUAUUUUAUUUCUGAAUCUCUUUAUAGUACUUAGACCUUAACAUUUUAGUUUUUUUCCCUUGCCAUACCAGAAGCACCUUAAGGGUAGAGGCUCUUUCUUUAAUAUCGGCAUCCCCAGUGUCUUUUACAUAAUAAAUCGUAGUGAGUAGCAGUACUUGCUGAAUUGAAGUGGGAUUCUCUUUUUUUUUUUUUUUUUUCUCCCAAAGAAACCUUUUAUUUAAUGAGUACAAAUUUCCUAAGUACAACUUUAGGAAUAUAGUGAUACUUCCCAGCAUAUCCUCCCUCCCACCCCCAACUGAUGUGGGAUUCUUAACAUUUCAAAUGAAUAGACUUAAUAAUAGGAUAUAGUUAUUACCUUCAGAACCCUGACUAAGACCAUGUAGACUUAUGGAAAGCUGGGAAUAGCCAGAAUCUUCAUGAAAAAUUCCACUUUCAGUUCUUGAUUGCCGACGACUGAAUGGUUGACCUUCCUCUUCCCAUCCCAUCAGUGGCUGCUGUUCAGUUCUCUCCUCCAUAGCUUUAGCAAGACAGGUGCAGCAAGAACUGCAUUUCUUUACUAUAUAUUGGUUAAUUUUAUUGUCAAAACAUAGCACCAAAACAUACAAUCCAUAUAUCAAAAGGAGUAAAGUCCCUUCAUACCUAUAAAUUAAAGAGAGAUUUGUGUUUUUCAGUUAGCAAAAUUCAUUUUAGAGUUAAUAGCUUUUAGGCAGCAUCUGCUUAAUUUUCUAAUAAAGACAUUAAAACGAUCAAAUGAAGACUUCUACAUAUUUGUGUUUUGUAGACUUGUCCAAACUGGAGUAUAACAUUGUCAGUUUUUUCAUAAAAGACUGAUACUUCUUUCUAUAUAAAAUAUUAUAAAUAUCUUCAUUUGUAGAUUCCUUCCAACUGGCAGGCAUAAGACUGCCUUGAAAGUAACCUUUGGGGGUUUUCAAAAUAAAACUAAUGAAUAGUGAUGGCAUUUGCCACCUCAGUUCACUGGCAUAAUUAGUGCCUAACACUGUGUGAUAG